AUGUCCACUCCACCAAACUACAGCCUCGCUGCCCCCGCCAAGCGCCCAGAGAUCCUCGCCCUCGCGCAGGACCUCAACGGCACUCCAGCUGGGGAGGAGUAUGAGAAAAUGAUCUCGGGGAUGAUGUACGACCCAACCGUCCCCGCCCUCCUGGAAGCCCGCCAUCUCGCCCGCGGCCUCGCCGCUGCCUACAACAACCUCGAUACUACCACUGUACCCUUUGAAAAGAUUGGGGAAGUGAGGCUACAGCUGCUACGCAAGUUAGUCGGCAAAGCAGGGCACAAGACAUUCGUCGAGCCGCCCUUCCGGCCGGAUUACGGGUGCAAUAUCUCCUUCGGGAGGGAGGUUUUUGUGAAUUUUGGACGCCUCUCUUGA